AUGAUACCGACAUCAAUUACACAAAAUUGUUAUUGUCAAAGUAUGAAUUAUUCACAUUAUCCAUUCUCAUCAUUUAUACAACCUAAUUAUGUAAAUAAUAAUGAAUAUAUAAAGACAAUAUCAUCAGAUGAUUGUUUUAGGAAUUCAUCAUAUAUUUUAAAUGAAGAUUUAUUACAAACACCUAAUUGUGUCAAAUUACAUAAUAAACAAUGUUUAAAUAAUACAGAUAUGAUUGAUUUGUAUCCUAGUACACAUGAUAUAAGUAAUAAGGAAUUAUUUUGUAUACAAAAUAUUCAAUCAAAAUUACUUCAUGAUGAAAAUGAAGAAGAGAAGGGUUUAUGUACAACUUCAAUAUUACCAAAUGUUACAUGUUCUAUACCAAGUAUAUCAACCGGUAAAUAUUUUUAUUCAUUUCAUAAACCUAAAAAAAUUAAUAAUUCUGUUGUAUGUAAUAGUAAAUUAUUGGAUAUAACAACAUUGAAAGAUCAUUCAAAAUUAUAUGAUGGAAGUCUUAAAACUAAAAAUUCUUCUGUAACACAUUUAACAUCUGAUAAACAUCAUCAUCAACAUCAAUAUCAUCAUCAUAAUCAUCACCAUGAACUACAAUGUUCAAGUUCUAUGAUUAUUAGUAAUAAUAACAGUACAAAUGUGCAAACAGCAAACGUCUGUGAUUAA